AUGUCUUCCCAAAAGCCCCAACAGACCUACUUUUCCAAUGGACGGGCUCUCCAGAGCCCGCCGCUCUCCGUUCGCGCCGUUCGCUUCUUCGAGAGUGCUUACACCUUCCUCGGGCUGUACUUCGUGAGCCUAUUCUCGCUCGAUACCUACGCCGCAGCCCAAGCUUCCCAAUUUAAUGUCUACAACCGUCAAACCGCGUCGAAAUCUGGCUCUCGAUUUGGUGUCAGCUCAGGCACCUGGGGUGGAAGCGGUGGUGGUGGCGGUGGUCCUCCCGGUCCCGGGUCGGGUCCUGGCCGACGCAUCGGUAGAGUGGACGAUGUCCGAGGCCCGGAGUGUGUUGCCAGCCCGAACAUACGCACAGCCGGCAAUCCCAUCGGAAAUCCCAGGAUGAUCGACCACACACUCUUGACCGUGGGCGUCGAAGCAGAUCGGAUAGACAAGACCUGCGAGGAAGCCUUGGAACACGAAUUCGCUUCCGUCUGUGUCCGUCUAGAGAACGUUCCUCGGGCCGUUGAGAAACUCAAAGAUGCAAGAAAGACAGCCGUGGCCUGCGUUGUCGGCUUUCAUGAGGGUACUUACGAAACAACCAAGAAAGUGGAGGAGGCCAAGAAUGCCGUGGCACAGGGUGCUAAGGAGCUGGACAUGGUUAUCAACUAUCCGAUGUUGAAGCAGGGCAAGUACACGGCGGUCUAUGAGGAUGUCUUGGCUGUGCGCAAGGCUGCGCCUCCACCGGUGAUUCUCAAGGCAAUUAUCGAAACUUCCCAACUUAACGAGGACGAGAUCAUUGCUGCUACUGUGAUCUGCUGCACGGCGGAAGUGGAUUUUGUCAAGACAAGUACCGGGCUUAAGGGCGGUGGUGCUACUGUGGAAAAUGUCACCAUAAUGCGUCUUGUUGCUGAUCGGUGUGGAACCAAGAAGACCAAGAUCAAAGCCAGUGGAGGUAUUCGGUCUGCUAGCGACUGCAUGAAACUAAUCAAAGCGGGCGCCCACCGUAUCGGGACUAGUGCUGGGGUCGCAAUUGUGAAAGAGGUCGAUGCUGAUGAUGGAUUACUGGAGUAA